AUGACGGCGCCGGCCACCACGAGGGGGGGGAUGGUGGACAGCAUGAAGAGGGUGAGGAGCCAUCCCUGGACGAACGCUAUCACGAAUCCCCCGACAAAAGUUGACACCAGCUGGAUGAACUUGCCCACCUGAGACGCAGAGGACGACGGGGAUCUUUUAGAGCAGAAGAAGAUGAAUACUUAGCAGCUAGAAGAAGAAGACGGUUUAUAAUGGACCAUAACUCCAUCUUCUCGCCCAUGGCGUCUUGAAUGAAGACGGUGUCUCCGGACAUCCUUCCCACGACUUCCCCCGUGUUCGUCUCCUUGUCGAAGAAGCCGAUCUCCUGUCUCAAGAUGGUCUUCAAGUACAGAUUCCUGAUCCUCGUUGCCUGCCUCUCGCCGGUGACCAUCCAGCAGGUCACCUCUAUCGCAGACAGACCCCGAGGAAGAAGAAGAAAGAAACAGAGUCACUACCACCGCUGCAAGACGGAGAAGAUUAAGGAAGGGAGGGAGCUUACGGAGAAACGACGCAAGGCCGGCGCCGAUGGCCAGGUAGACAUAUUGCAGAGAAACCUGCGGACAAAACGAGCGAUAAGGGGCUGAGAAAGAUAGGAUCGUCAGCUGCGGGGGUGAUUUCCCUGCACACCUUGGAGACCCUGUCGACGACGUCCUUAAUGUCCGGAGACUCCCCAAAGGAGUCCGUCAGGUUCCCGAACAGGAGGGUUAUCAGAGGCAUGGAAACGCCGUUCGCCAUAACUCCGAUGGUCCCGAGAACCAUGAGAACUAUGUCCGUGGAAUCGGCAAAGGAGAAGAGCUUUCUGAAGCGGACGACCUUCGUGCCCUCAUCCUCAAUUAUCUGGUCCGACCCUGGGCAGCAGCCGUCACGGGCGGCGUUCUCCGAGCUGCUCCCGGUGGGCCCUGCAUGCUUCUCGUUGAACCCACCGUCUCUGUUCACUACAUUGCCGCCCAACUCCCCAUCCUCAUGUCCUCCUCCCAUCUUCGGCGAGCAAACUGCCGAGGAAGGCCACCUGGUUACCACCCGCCCUGGAGCUCUUCGUCGGCGGCGGCGGCGACUGUUUGCCGCCACAUAGGAUGAGACCGGCCUGUGGGAGAGGGUGGCCGAGCAAACAGGCUUAGGACACAGACAUCAACGUCGAUAUGAUGAGUGAGAUCCAGAGAAGGAAAUCCCAAGAGCCCCUUCUAGAGAAAUUAUGUGAAGAUCAUUUUAUCCCAACAGAUCCCGAAAAAACAAUCUCGGCUUCCCAUGAACACGCCAGGAGCAAAAUCUCCCUUUCCGCUAUUAAGUCAAACCCUAAUGAUCAGUCAAUGCAGGGGAAAAAGAAGGAUCUGCGCUUUCCAUUUGGAGGCACGCAUGUUGAUCACCCCAGCAACCCUCCACCUUCCCAAAAAACAGUGAGAGAAGAAAAGUGGAGAGAAGACGAAGACGACGACGAAGGAGAAGAAGAAAGGACGACAAACAGGGAGAACAGAGGAGAGAGGACUGAGCAGGAGGAACCCACCCACCUUGGAAAGGGUGAAGGGGCGACUCUGCAACGUAUGACUCACCUGAGGAUGUUCAUAUGGUUUCCCUGUUCCGUCAGUGAACUCAUUGAGCAAAGGUUAUAUUGUCACCAAGCGGUGGGAAGCAUCGUCUUUUUGGUAA